UGAAAGGAUAGAUAUGUAAAAUCGCCAUAUAAAUUCGAUAAUUUCGUAAAUUUAAGGUGGAAAAGGAGCUCUUAUAGGUCGCGAGUUUCCUUCUCCCGCCAAAAUUUUCACGGUCAAUUGGAAGGCCCUUCCCGCCAGCGUUCCCCGCCAAAUCCUUUCCUUCCCAUCCCCCUCCCCUCCCUUCGCUCGCCUCAAAUGCCGCUUCCUCUCGCAACCCCUCCACCUCCCCGACCGCCAUGGACUUCUCAACCAUCGCCUCCAGGCUCGGCCUCGCUGGCUCCAAGCCCCUCAUCCGCAAGGCCGAGGAGCUCCGCCGCUUCUCCGACGUCCAGUUCAAUUCCUCCAUCAUUGGUGUUGGCGAGAUCGCCAAAGCCAUCAUUUGCCUGGAGCUGGCGGCAUCGAGGUUUGACGUGGUGUUUGAUCGGCAAAGUGCGAUAAAGAUGAGCGGCAUGUCGGAAAAAGCUUACAUGAGGUCACUUAAUGCCAUGAAGAAUGGUAUCGGAGUCAAGCCGAGUCUGGAUGUUCGGCAACUUGGGAUUCAGUUUGGCUGUGUUAGGCUCAUCCCCUUCGUGAAGAAGGGCUUGACUCUAUACAAGGACCGUUUUCUAGCAGCACUUCCACCCUCUCGUCGGACAAGCACAGAUUUCAAUCGGCCAGUAUUUACAGCAGUUGCCUUCUAUUUAUGUGCCAAAAGGCAUAAGCUGAAGGUAGACAAAUUGAGGUUGAUUGAGUUAUGUGGCACAUCUGAAUCUGAGUUUGCUACUGUUUCAACUUCUAUGGGUGACCUCUGCUUUGAUGUUUUUGGGAUUUUCAAAGAAAAGAAAAAUCCAAAGGCUGUCAAAGGUCAUCGAGAGCUUUUAGAUGCCCUUCCCAGUAAAAGGAGACGUGCGGAUGAUGGUGAUGCCUCUGAUGAUUCUUCAGGAGAUGAGCUUUCAAGCUACAAGAGGCACAAAAAGAUGGAAAAACAAGCCUAUGAAAAUUGGAAGAUUUCAGUGAUCUCCUCUAACAAGCAAGAAAAGACAGCACCCCUCAAGGCAAAGAAGCAAGCCACACUCAAUUUCACGAGGAAGUCUCCCAGCUCAAUUGCAUUAGAAGCUUUAUAAUAAGACUGUGAUGAGUUGGAGCCACCAGGAUUAGAGAUGGAACUAAAGAUAUACUGUUGUUUUGAUGAUGACCUAUAGUUGAACGAGUAUAAUUUUUAUCAUGUAAUAUCACUUGUGCUCUGAUAUGUAGUGACCAUGUGAAAUGGAAGCUUAAAUCUUGGUAGGCAGAUGUAGAAUCUGUAAAUGAUCCAAAGUUGCUAAUCCAACUCCAGCUGGGUGCUGACUGUGAAAUUAAAUAAGCUAAACUGGCUUGAUUCUUUUGUAAUUGAAAUUAUGAACUGAUUUUGGAUCAA